GAAGCUAUUGCCGAAUACAUGGACUACGCGACCAUCCAUGGUUUAGGACGGACAAAGAACUCACCGUUCGCUGCGUUGAAGAUACUCUGGGUGUUGGCGGUGUGCGGAUCCCUGGGAAUUAUCACGUGGCAAGUCGUCAUACUCCACCGGAAAUACGACAGCCGCCCUGUUUCUACUACUAUGGAGAUGAAGAUAGUAAAACAAAUGAAGUUCCCAAAGAUCGUAAUCUGUAACACCAACAUGCUCGAUUAUCACCGUUUUCCAUCAUCGCAUCCCCUGGAAUCCCUGCUUAAUGAGGCGGCAAACAAAUAUAAAAUCGACACGAGCAUUUACAACUCUAACUACAGUUUGUUUACAUACAACUACACAAAUUUCGAUAACGUUACAGUCCCGACGGACUUUGAUGCUGACAUUAUGAUCAACACGGCAGAGAAGUUCAAAAUGCAGUUAAGUAAUUUGUCCGAAGUCGAGCUGAAAAACUUCUCGCAGCCUUACAACAGAUUUGUCCUGUCUUGUAGCUUUGCCGGGAAAUCGUGCUCACCAUCUGCCAUCGAAAGUAACUCAACAUUUCGUACGUAUGACUACGGACAGUGUUUUGUGUUCGACCCCAAGGAGCAAGAUGGUAUCUCACCUUCAGGGGAAGUGUCCUCCUCGGGUCAAAGAUACGGUUUAGAAUUGUUGCUGAACAUUGAUCAACUCCAAAGUGUUCCUUUCGUGACGUCAGAAAGUGGCGUUUUGAUUUGUCCGUUGUAUGACGUAGGCAAAUACCUGGAUGCAAAUGCGGGUGUAUUUGUUCCAACAGGUUUCCAAGCCGAUAUAGCGGUAUCAAAGGACUGCCUUCUCGAAUGUCGUCAAGAGAAUAUAGCGCGGAGGUGCGGCUGCUAUCAACAGUUUUUCUUGUUCCACAAUGAAACGGACAAAGGGGCUUGCUUGUCGGAAGAAGACUACAAGUGCAUUCUCAAGGCACUGGAUGAAUUCACAAACUCCACGCCGUCCGGGUGCAAAUGCAACAAUCCGUGCAGGGAAGAGUUUUACACGCCAGACGUCACGUUGAUUACUUGGCCGAAUGAGAAGUUCUUACCCAUUCUGCGGCGAAUAAUAACGGCAAAACUUCCAGAUGAAAAUUUGGAUAGAUUUGACCGCAACACAAUCCGAGAUAACUUUCUACUUGUUCGGAUUUAUCUGAAGACUCUGUCCUAUGAAGUUAUCAAGGUGUCCUAUGCAUAUGAGAUUGUGAACUUACUCAGUGAUAUCGGAGGUCAGCUGGGAUUGUGGGCGGGCUUCUCCGUGCUUUCCAUCCUGGAGAUCGUGGAACUCGUGUUUUUGCUCGUGACGAAGAGGGACAACAAAACUGUACCAGAGGAGGGAGACGGGAACAUGAACAAAGAAAACGAACCAACAGAACAAAACCUUACCCUUAGCACAAAUAAUUAAAGAGACCCUUCAUACGAAAAGUUUAUAUAGUUAACAAUAAGAACAUCUACAUUGCU